AUGAGUGACAGUGAACGUCCAUCUUCUCUUGAUCAUUUCAGUGACAGUGAACCUCCAUCUUCCUCGAAUGUAGAGGAGAGCGAUGAAGAAGCUUAUCCCUCUACUACUGAGGACUUAUCUAGCUUUGGCAGAAGAUAUAUUGCUGCCGAAGUUCUGAAAGCCCAACUAAAGGCGGAGCAGAAGAAUGAACAAAUAUGUCCCUCUUGCAGAAGAAAGAUUGAAGCCGCUGCAGGGGUUGAAGCUAUGGUUGUAGAAAUUCUGCGAUCCCGACUGAAUUCGGAGCCAACGUCUCCCUCUAAUAGCUACGACAAUGAAGACGGUGAGAGCUCUAAUAAGGAAGAGAAGAAAGGACUUAGUGCUGCAGAAGUUCUGAGUGGCCAACUGAAUGCGGAGCAGAAAAAUGAAGCAAUAACAUCUCCCUCUACCAGCAUGAAGAAUGAAACAACUACUGAGAUUGAAACUAUGGGCGAGCAGUUCCGGGAUCCCAACUGA